CUCAUAAGGUCAGAUAUCUGAAUCCUCCCUUGACUGCUGGAUUUUCUUACUGUAGGAGGACCUCCUGGUGCAGUCCAGCAAAGAACUUUUAUAUCCGGACCUCCCUGAAGAUUUUCUAAGAAGCAAAGAAGGAAAUGUACAGAUUACAACAGAAACUCUGCCAGAAUCCACUGAAGAUGCACAGGGCAUGAAGGUGAAUGGAACCAAGAUGGAUAAUAACGAAGGACACAAGACUGGCACUGUGAGCAACGGUUUCUCAGCCAGGUGCAACAAACCCCCAGGAGUACACAAAAUCAUGACCAGUGGUGAGGUUUCAGAAGCAGAAACUUCAGUUACCUCAGAGCCUUUAAGCUCUGUGGACCCUGGAUUAACAGAAGCGACUUCUGAAGAAAAAGAAUGUGCAGAAUUAAAAACUUGUCCCUCUUGGCUGUCAUUAUUACCAGGAAACAGUGCCAUUUCCAAAAUUGACAAUGGGAAGAAAGAGUUGUGUAAAUUAACCCUUGUGUGUGAAGCAGAUGACAAUCACCAAGCGAUCCUCAGCCACCACAGUGAGAAACACAGUUCUGCGCCCGACAGACCCACACCUACUGGAAAUGUAGAUGCUAUAAAACCCUUGGAAGAAAAUCCUGGAAUUUCAUAUUUCACACCACAUUUGUCUGUUCCAGAAUCCCAAACAUCAUCCUUAGGAAAAUGUGGAUUUGAAACUGAUGGUUUGCUAAAGGGAUCUGCUGAAAAGACGGACAAUUCCCAUUUUGAUGAGGAUGUUCAACACAAGAACUUGGCUUGUGGAGAAGAAAGUAAAAAACAGCCUUUGAAUCCCAGAGGUGACAGAGAGGAACUCUUCUGUACUAAUGCCAGACAACCAGAAAAGGAUGUCAGUGGUCAUUGUUCUGGUGAAAAAGAGAUUGCUGAUUCCCCAAAAGAAAACAUCCAGAGUAACUAUUGCAUCCAAGGCAGUAGCCAUACAGAAAGCUCUAGUUCUUUAAUGCCCAAUUCUUUUACUAAAGCCACAGAAAUAAUGUUUAAAAAAAAUGAUUUGAAAAUCACUUUAGACAUUCGAGGUAACUUAGUAAACCCUGAGGUCCAUAGAAGAACUGUCACUAAUGUGUGCCAUGUAGGUAGACGUUCUGAGGAAAGUGAUUUUUCCUCUUCAGAGCAGACUGAAGAGCCAAAACACACAACCACUAUGGAGCACAAAAUAUUAAGUGAAAAUUUUUCCUUAGUCAGUGCCCAGGGAAACCUGGAGGAUGAGACCCAGUUAAACGAAGCAACACGUAAAGAUUGUCUGUCUAAAAGAAAAUCCCUUGUGAGUUUAAUGCCAGAAAAUCAGAUAAGUUCUAUACUUAAUGAAGUAUUAAAACCCAAGAAAGAUAUUGCUCAAUUACCACUAUUUCCAGAAUUGGAUUUCAGACCUGGGUCAGAAAAAGCUAUACAGACUUCACAUGAAAGUACUUCAAAUUUAGAUGAACAGAGUGUUGCCCAGGAGAUGAGUGAGCUUUCUUGUGCAGAAGAACUGGUUAUAAACAAAGUAGGAUACGAAUGUGUUUUAAAUCAACAAGUGUCCCUUAAUUCUCAAGAUCACAUGACAUUGUCAGCUAACUCCCUACUAAAUACAAACGGAGGGAUGCCUUUAGCAUCAAGCAAAGAUGCCCAACACAGCCACCACCCGCCUUUAGAGAAUGGAGCAGAUGUCAUUGCUGGUUCUCAAACCAUUCUUAUUAAGACAAAAACAAAAGACAUCUCUCCACAAGGUGGCAAAACCUGUGGUGCCUCUUCAGACAGCCCCACCUUAAAUACCAAACCAGGAAACCUAGAAGGAAAAAAAGAAAUGGCUGAUCCAGAAACAGAAGAUCAACAUUCUGGGUUCCUUUCAAGCAGAAAAGAAGCAGCUGGCUUUCCUCAGGAGGUUUCUGUCACAGAAUGUAAAAACGCUCAAUCUCAGGGUAUCUCCAGCUGUCACUGUGUAAGGAAAAAUGCACUACAAGAGAAUAUGUGUUCUGCAUGUGCUGCUUUAACGCCUAGCAAAAUCGUCCUGAAAGUUAACUCUGUAGUAAUAAAAUGUGAAAAUGCACUUCAGCAUAGCGAUCACCACUCCCAGGGAGUAGAGGACUCUGCAGAAAGUAGCACCCGUAAAGAGAAGAGUGAACUUGCUGGAAGAGAAACUCAAGACCAGCUUCUAGGACCUAAGAUCAGAAAUGAAACAGCACGUGUGUCAGAUAGUGGAGCUUCCAACACAACCACUCACACCACCAGUCACAUCCAACCCUGUGGGGAAGGGAUAGAUGGAAAGGAACCAGAAUUGCCCAAAGAAAAUGUGUCUUGUAAAUACAGUAUCUCUGAUUGUGUGAAAGAACUAAACCAGUCUGUAAACAUUCCAAGUCCUGAAAGGUUUUUGGACCAGUCUCCUACUCUUACGUUCUCCAGUUUUAAAAACAUGAACCAAGGAGUUGAAACUCUUGGUAAGAAUGCAGAUGAAGUCCUUCACUGCCAGAGCAACCAGAACAGCCCAGAUGAAUGCAGAAGUGAAGGUAAACCAGCUGAGGAGGUCCUGGAUAGUGACCAGAGCGAGGCCAUCAGAGAGCUUAACAGAGAGGUAGGCCAUAUUGAAAAGGAACUGCUGGUCAGUUCAGGUAAUGAUAACCCACUGCCUUCCGGUAGUCCAAACAAAGACUUCAAGGGAACCUUUGAAAAUGUUUCUGGUUCUGAAGAGUCUAUAGAGGGUAUGGAAGACAUGGUCCAUCCAGAUUGUAGUGAAAAGCCUGCAAAAAGUGUGCUGGACGUGAAAGCAUCUAGGACACUUGGUAGUGCUGCAAGGCAAGGUAGACUGGCAUUCCACAGAACCCCACGGAAUACCUCAUCUCAGAGAGGAGAACUGAAUACUGUACCUACAGGAACAACUGGCAAGGACUCAGAUUGCCCAAACACUGCAGCUUCUGCAGGGCAGAAAGCAUGUAGACCUUUAAAAGACUGUGCAGUGGAAGAGCAUCCAGACCCUUCCAUAGGCCAGGUGGAAGAGAUGGAGUCUGUUGCAGAUCAUGAACCAAAUACAGCAAUACUGGAUAGAGCAGUGAGCAUGUCUUUAAACUGCAUUCACCGUGAACGUCAAGGUAGAGGAGGAGUUCUGAGAGAAACCCAAGGAAUGACUGAAGGAUCAAGACUAGAAGGAGAUUCUGAGUUUGACAAGGAAGAAAACCUUGGGAUAGCCUCAAAAGACUUGAUGUCUUCUAGGUGCCAAGAUGAGAACGCUAGUCUCUCACAGCACCUGAAGUCCAUUGAGAUAAUGCUUUUGUGUCUGUCUUCUCAAAAAAAUUCAACUGAUAGUGAUAGUGAAGAAACUGACCUGGAAAAUGUCUUUAAACCUAAAGCUGGUGAAGUGCUUUGUGGAAACAUAAAGGAUUGCACAGUCCUGCCUGAGAUGACGGAAGCAGUCCCAAGGGAUAAAGGAGAUGCCACACACAUCGGUGUGGAGAAGCAUGCUUGCAGAGCCUGUCACCCUCUCGAGAAUCCCACUGGUAGACACUUGCCUUUGACAGUGGAACCCACAACUAAAAUGAAUGGAGGAGAAACUGAAGAACUUUACCGCCAAGAACCAUUGGGUUGCUUAACUGCUGGGGAGGAAUCUGAGGAGAGCAAUACCAGAGAAGGUCAUGAUGGCAAUAGCUUGCACAAAGUUUCUCAGACCAACCUGAAAUGCCAGAGGACGUGUGAUAAUACUGAAAAACAACAAAGCCAGAGGGUUUUGGAGGAUAUGUUGCCAAAGGAAGAGAAACAUAUACAUCAAAAAGGAGCAGAAGUCAUACUGGAACAGAGUACAUCCAAUACGUUGUCAGAUGUGGUGCAAAAUAAGAACCAGCCCAACCCUGACAAAGAUGGAUCCACCAUGAAGAAAGGAGUCACUCUAGCAAAGCCAGUCAAGGGCAACACAGCUGGACAGUUUCAGAAGUUAGAAGACCCAGAGGAGGAAAGCUUACGUCAUCCAUUGAAGAAGGACAUUGGGUUGUGUACAGGUCCUUGUCUUCCCAGUGCCCCCUGGAAACAGCAAGACCCCCACUCCACUGGUUGUGAUCAAAAAUGUGGUGCCUUUGUGAAUACUUCCUGUCAGAAAGGAAUGCUUCCCUUAAAGAAGCAGCCCCAUCGAACGUGCAAGAGAGUUUCCUGUCAGGAGCCAGUCAGUGUGGGGAGAAAAAGAAGUAAAAUCAGGAAUUCUGCUUUCGGAAAGAGUUCCUUUGAUCCCAUCCCCACCAGAGCACACAGACUUCUUAGCUCCUGUGUCGUGCCUGCGCCCACACGAUUAGAACCCGAAACAGUACCUGUGAGGACCUUGCUUAGCCACGUACCAAAGCAGAGGGCUGCUCUGUGCCAUCCCUUGAGGAGCCUGAGUUUUAGGAAGCCUACCAAAGAAUCAGCCUUACUACACAAGCUGUCCAUACUUGCCUCCAAACUAGCCCCAUCCGCAAAGACCCAGAAACUCAGAUACCGGCGGUGUUCCUCGGUACUGCUUCCCGUGGCUAAAAGCUACAAGCGGCCCAGAUAUAAAAGGCUCCUAGAUGGAUUUUCGUAUAAUGCAAUGCAGCUGAAUCCGUAUUUGGCAGCUAGUAGAUGGGAUAAGAAGCCUAACGGUAAACCCUGGGCACUUUAUUCUCUUGAAGCCAGCAAAAUGAGCUUCACAGAUUUAAGCAACAAGAUGCCGUCACUGCUGUUUGGUUCCGAAAUCUUCCCAGUUUCUUUUAACGUGAAGUCUGCCUCUAAUUGUAUGACUGAGCCCUCAAAGACUUUUCCUGAGCACUGCGCUCCAGUGAGGCUUGCCUUAGGGGAGGCCCCCCAGAGCCCGUCUCAACCUCCCAAGUGGACCUUUUCUUUCUUUUUGUCCCACGGUUGCCCGGGGAUGGCCACAUUCAGGGAAGACACUGGCCUCCACAGUCAGGCACACACUCAGGCUUCUCUACAGACUCCAGCUCCUCUCCAAGACUGUGGAGGCACUGCCAUAGUCCACACCAGAGCAGACUGCUCUGCCCUUGGCCUUCACACACUUCUAGCACUUUGUUCCCCUGGAUGUUACCGAAUCUGGACAAAACAACGGAGCUUCUCCAAUCACAUGCCUACUGUGCAGAGGCUCUUCAUGACCCAGUUUACACAGGGCCUCAAAGGGUUAAGGUCUCCAGCUUCCAUAGCCAGCAAGGUCUUCUGUUCUCUGCCCUACUCAGUGGGCAGAGUGUUGUCCAUUUGGAGCCAGCACGGGCCUUCCUCGUCCUGCUGCUCCUUCGAGAUCUCUGCUCUUCAUUACGCUCAGAGCAAGCAGCAGCCAAGUCUGGGCACCACAAACAGCCACACCGUGUUACCAUAUGUGCCUCUUCCAGGUGUGGAAGCUACAACAAAUAGCAUUGGCAACAGUCAGAUAAGACUAGAGCCUGCAUUCACUGCCUUGGUACCGAAGUCUUGCUUGGUAACAGAACCACCUGUCAGCAAGCUCCUGCUUUCAGCCUCUGAAUUCCAAGUUCCUGCGUUUGAUGAGCUGAAUGGCGUGACAGCUGCUUGCCCCCGACCACAGAGCAGCCCUCCAGAACAGAAAGAGGCUGAGCCAGAGAAUAGGCCAAAGAAAGUCUCACAGAUUCGCAUCCGGAAAACCAUUCCUAAGCCAGAUCCUAAUCUUACCCCAAUGGGCCUGCCUCGACCCAAAAGGUUAAAGAAGAAAGAGUUUAGUUUAGAAGAAAUAUAUACCAAUAAGAAUUAUAAGUCUCCUCCUGCAAACAGGUGUUUAGAGACCAUCUUUGAGGAACCCAAGGAACGAAAUGGUACGUUAAUCUCAGUAAGCCAACAGAAAAGGAAGCGAAUUCUAGAAUUUCAGGAUUUUACAGUUCCCCGAAAGAGGAGAGCCCGAGGUAAAGUCAAGUUGGCUGGCAGCUUCACCAGGGCCCAGAAGGCAGCUCUGCAGGGUCGAGAGCUGGAUGCUCUUUUGAUACAGAAGCUGAUGGAACUAGAGACCUUCUUCGCCAAGGAAGAAGAGCAGGAACAGUCUGCAGGCUGUUGAGAAGCAAUUUGGUUGCUUCCAUUUUGGAUCUUUUUGGACCUCCCUGGAAGAGGUUCCCUAAUUUUGCCCUAUGCCCAAACCACUCACGAUGCCCAGUCCGUGAAUUUUUACCAUUUUUGAGGUGCAGCCUUUUUAGAAACUGGUGAAGGAGUGUCUUCUGCUGCUGACUAUAGAACCUCAGGAAUGCUCCGUUCCUCCUGGAAAUGGUCCCGAAUGACGCCUGGCCACCUCCUCCCAGCUCUGCCAUCCACAGGAAGAGGCUGCACGUCUUAAGCGACACUAGGAUUCCAAGGACUCACAUGAAAGUUCUGCUUUGUUUACGGUGGUGCUAGACCAGGACUACUUAGAAACAUGGCCUAGGAAGGGGCCCUGGCCUCCUGUCCUGUGUGGCCUCACCGGUUCAUUCCGGUGAUGGAGAAAAGAUGAACUGUUGUGCUUUCUAAUCCUUUGAGUCUGUCUGCCCAGGACACGUGUGUGUGUGUGUGUGUGUGUGUGUGUCUCUCUCUCUCUCUCUCUCUCUCUCUCUCUC